GGUAGGUGCCAUUGAUUGCUUGCGGGGAGUCAGCACGCGCCCUGAAUGCCAACACCAGAGCCGCCCUCCCGUGACACUGAGCAGGUGAAAACGCAGCGCUCUGAUUGGCUGAGCUGACGGCGCGUGAGGAUGGAGCGCGUGGCUGCCUUGCUGCUGUGCAGCGGCCUGAUUCUGGAAGUCUCUGUGGGAACCGAAGCCAUGUUGGGUUUCGGGUCAGUCCCAGACCCUGAGCGGGGCAGGAUGGAGCUGCGGCGGGUGCAGAACCUCGCCGCGCAGCCGCAGUUUGGGGAGUGCUGGACUCGCGCUUUGGAGAACCUGGAGACGCGCUGCAAGGAAAUGACGUCAGAGAGCCAGAGCCGCCUGGCGCUGCGCUUCACUCACUGUCACCUGAGCAGCGCAGGCAGGGACUUCCCUUCCUGCCCUGAGGGGUCAGAGGUCAGCAGGUGUACGGCCCGGAUGGACCCGGUGGCCUUUAACGCCUUCACAGAGUUCUUCACUCACACUCACUCCAUCUGCCACUUCCUGCAGUCUGAGGCCUGGCAGAGCCGAGCAGAAAGCACCAUGUACAGGCUGACGGAGACCUCAGCAGGUGUUGCUGAGCAGCUUCAGGCCACCAGACAGAUGGCCAAUGACCUGAUGGAAGCGCAGACUGACGCCUUACAGGCACAAAAAGAAAUCCUGUCCAACGGAGAGCAGCUAAGAGUCACCAUGAGAGACUCUACGCAGGGGCUGCAGGCGCUGUUCUCAGACCUCAGCAGUGUCUCCAGGGAGCAGCAGGUGGCGCUGUCUGAGAUCUUCAACAGAAUCUCCUUCAUGCAGAGCUUCCUCCUCAUGGAGGCCCACAGUCUGAGCUCCUGCUGCUACAACGCUGCUGCUCUCUGCACCGCCUACCUCCUCACCUCCACCCCACGCUCCUCCAGAGCCAGGUUGGUGCUGCUGGCUUUGGUGUGCCUGAACUUCUACUUGGAGAGGAAGAUCUACCAGUUUGUUCUGCGCUCCCUUCACCCGGAACACCUGCACAUGGAGCUGGUCUCGGCGUAUGUGGGCGUGCUGCGGCGCGUCUCGGUGGGCGUGGCCGUGUGUGUCCUGCUGGUGGCGUGCGUUCGCUACAGAGACCCGGUGCAGCAGAGCCUGCAGGUCCUGCAGCAGCUCAGAGAGACGCACAGGAACCUGCAGGAGGCGCUGCAGCUCGCAGAGAGAUUAACAAAGGAGAAGAAGAAGCUGGAGGACUGCGGGCUGCAUGUAGAGAGGAGCAGAGAGGAGGAGGAGGAGCCCACCGCCAUGACAUCACCUGCUACAGACUCCUCCCACCUGUCUCAGCCUUCAGGUUCUCCUUCAGCUCAGAGUCUCCGCCGCCGCUCCACUUCCCAUCAUGCAUCAGUCCAGAGCCCAGGCCGGCGCCCCGCCCCCUCCUCCCCGCUGGUCUACAGCUUCCUGGUGGAGGACAGGAAGCCUCGCUACAGCCUGAGGAGUCGCCGCUCAGACCGCUGAGGGACGCCAUCAACUUCCUGUCGCCAUCAGCUUCCUGCCGCCAUCAGCUUCCUGUCUCCAUCAGCUUCCUGUCGCCAUCAGCUUCCUGUCUCCAUCAGCUUCCUGUCGCCAUCAGCUUCCUGCCGCUGCAAAUGAUUUUAGUUUAAUUUUUCUAAAGAUUAAUAAAAUGUUUUUAGUAAUCUGUCUGAUGCUAGCAUGCUGCCCCCUGCUGGACUAAAGCUGAACCCCCCCAGGUGUUUUCUGGUAUCCGGUCCGGUGCUGACCGAGCCAUCGGUACCGAGCCGUCGGUACCGGACCGUCGGUACCAGA